CAGGGCGACUUUUGUCGGAGCCUGACAGCAGGCCCCUGGGCAGGGGGACAGCAGUGGUGGGCGCCCUUUUCCCCUCGCCUCCCUGCCCGGAUGCUGCCGGCAGAGGCGGGGGGCUGGCCCGGGGCACCCCGAGAUCGCUGCCCGCUCCCACCCCCGGCAGCGUCGCGCAGCCCCCGCGCCCCGGGGGCCGGCAGCGGGUCCCUGCGCUGGGCAGGCACGGCUCCAGCGACAAUGCUAGGGGCACGGCCAGCGGUGUCCCCGCCCGGGCAGGAGCCCGGCUCGCUCGGCCGCCCGUGCCCGCCGGCCCCCGGCCAGGCCGCCCCGGUCGGAGCGGAGCGCAGCGCAGCCAACUAGGCCGGGCCGGGCCGCCCGGCCGGGCCUCCCCGCGGCGCGGCUGGCUGCGUGCGGGGGGUAGCGGCCCCUGCAGGCCGCGCCGGGGCGGACACCCGGAGCCUCGGCAGCCGGCGCCGCAGCCCGGCGGUGUCAGUGCCACGGUGUCCGCCGGGGAGCGAGAGGCAGAGCCGGCGGCCGCCCGCCCGCCCGAUCCCGCGGCCAGGCCGCCGCAUGCAGCCCUCACCCUGGAGCGGCGGCGGCGGAUCGAGGAGCUCUCGCGGUCCUCCCGGCAGCGGCUGCUCCAGUCGCGGGACAGGAUGUUCUCCAAGUUCACCUCCAUCCUGCAGCACGCCGUGGAGGCGCUCGCACCUUCCCUUCCAUUACAAGAAGAUUUUGUUUACCACUGGAAAGCAAUCACCCAUUACUACAUAGAGACAUCAGAUGACAAAGCUCCUGUGACUGAUACCAACAUUCCUUCUCACCUGGAACAGAUGUUGGAUAUUCUAGUUCAAGAAGAAAAUGAAAGGGAAUCAGGUGAAACAGGACCAUGUAUGGAAUAUUUGCUACAUCACAAGAUUUUGGAGACACUCUACACACUAGGAAAAGCUGAUUGUCCUCCAGGAAUGAAACAGCAGGUUUUGGCUUUUUAUACAAAACUUCUUGGAAGAAUACGGCAACCACUUCUCCCCCAUAUAAAUGUGCAUAGGCCAGUGCAGAAAUUAAUUAGGCUGUGUGGUGAAGUUCUGGCAACACCAACAGAAAAUGAAGAAAUUCAGUUUCUCUGUAUAGUAUGUGCAAAGCUUAAACAGGAUCCGUACCUGGUCAACUUCUUCCUUGAGAGUAAGUUAAAAGCAAUGGCUUCCAAAGGAUCAGCAAGUGUAAUCACAGAAGACACGAUAAAAGGCCAAGACUCUUUGACAACAGACACAGGACAGCCCAUUCAGCCUGAAGAGUUAGCUAGUGCUGCCGAAGCGGAGCAAAUGGAGAAGGACGAUGACCUCCCGCAACAGGCGAAUGAUCUCUCUUUCAGUCUGGAUGAACUAAAUGUCACAUCACCUGAGUCCUCCACUGUUCGUCCAAAUCAAGACUAUAAUUUAGUGAAUUCUCUACUAAACCUCACUAAAAGCCCUGACGGCCGGAUAGCAGUGAAGGCCUGUGAAGGCCUCAUGCUUUUGGUGAGUUUGCCAGAACCAGCAGCUGCCAAGUGCCUGACUCAAAGCACUUGUUUAUGUGAAUUGUUGACAGACAGGCUGGCUACCCUCUACAAAGCCCUGCCUCAGUCACUGGAUCCCUUAGACAUUGAAACAGUGGAGGCAAUUAACUGGGGUUUGGAUUCCUAUAGCCACAAAGAAGAUGCAUCUGCUUUUCCAGGGAAAAGAGCGCUGAUUUCAUUUCUUUCAUGGUUUGACUACUGUGAUCAACUCAUCAAAGAAGCACAAAAGACUGCUGCUGUUGCUAUGGCAAAAGCUGUGCGGGAACGAUUUUUCAUUGAUGUUAUGGAACCCCAGCUGAUGCAAACUUCAGAGAUCGGAAUCCUCACAUCAACUGCACUAUUGCAUCGCAUUGUUCGUCAAGUGACUUCAGAUGUCCUGCUGCAAGAAAUAGUUUAUUUUAUACUUGGAGAACAGAGAGAACCAGAGACUUUGACAGACAUCAACAGACAUCCAUUGCGACACAGGUUAAUCGAACACUGUGAUCAUAUUUCUGAUGAGAUCAGCAUAAUGACUUUACGGAUGUUUGAGCACCUUUUGCAAAAACCCAAUGAACACAUUCUUUAUAAUUUGGUUCUGAGAAAUUUAGAAGAAAGAAACUAUAUGGAAUACAAGCCUCUCUGUCAAGAAGACAAAGAUGUGGUAGAGAAUGGACAGAUUGCAGGAGCAGUAGACCUAGAGGAAGAUCCAUUAUUUACUGACCUGUCUCCAGAUAACACAUUGACAACUCAAGAGUGGCUCAGUGCUUCUCCACCUGUCAGUCCAGAACAUCCAAAAAAUGAUGGGAAGACUGAAGUUCAUAAAAUUGUAAAUAGUUUUCUCUGUCUUGUACCUGAUGAAGCUAAGUCAUCAUACCAUGUGGAGGGUACAGGUUAUGAUACUUACCUCAGAGAUGCCCAUCGACAAUUCCGGGAUUACUGUGUCAUCUGUUUACGGUGGGAGUGGCCUGGAUCUCCCAGAUCUUUGGAAAAGUGCAAUUUAGAAGCAUCGUUUUUUGAAGGACACUUCUUGAAAGUCCUGUUUGAAAGAAUGGGCAGGAUUCUUGAUCAGCCCUAUGAUGUAAAUUUACAAGUUACAUCAGUGUUGUCCAAACUGUCCUUGUUUCCCCAUCCUCAUAUACAUGAAUACCUUUUGGAUCCUUAUGUAAACCUAGCUUCUGGCUGCAGAUCUCUCUUCUCUGUUAUUGUCAGGGUUGUCGGGGACCUCAUGGUGAGAAUCCAGCGCAUCCCAGAUUUCACUCCCAAACUUCUGCUAGUCAGAAAACGCCUGCUGGGCCUGGAGCCAGAAGGACUCAUCAUUGACCACAUGACGUUACUAGAGGGCGUGAUUGUGCUGGAAGAAUUCUGCAAAGAGCUGGCAGCGAUUGCUUUUGUGAAGUAUCAUGCCUCAUCUACACCAUAAGCAGCCUUGAUGAGCAGCCAGGCUGUAAAACCACCUAGCUCGUUUCAGUUGAAAAGACUAUUGACAACACCCAGAUAGGAAGAGGUGGUGCCUCCUGGCAAAGCGUCAGUUGACAUUUGGCAGAGUUGGAAGACAAGUUACUUUCACCAGAUGCUGACAUUGCAAGAGAGAGGGAUUGAAAUGGACCUAGAAUAUGAUUGAAGGCAUUUGGGGAAAAACCGAUGCAUAGCAUUUCUAGCCCCUGUGUAAAGAGCUGCAAAAGCUGCAUGAAGAACCACAGAUGUCAGACCUUGGUUAUUCUGUUAUGAUGACAAUGUUCAGAGAGUUGGGUCUUUUGUAUGUUCUGGGGCUCACAUGCACCGUUUUGGUUUUUAUGACCCUAUUACUUUUUAAAAGCAAGUUAAUUUUAUAACAUUUUAAUGUCUUAAUUCUUUUUCUUUUCAGUUGGAUAUAUGAAAGGAAAUCACAACUAUAGUUGCAAUGUAUAUUAUUAAAAAUGAAGGGGUUAAAAAAAUCCACCAAUCCAUAUACAGCAAGAUAUAUUAACGAGGGAUCAUUUUUGUUUUGGUGAAUCUUAAUGACAACUCUGAGCUUGAUUCCCCAGUGGAUUCCUCCAAGAGAUAUAUCAGUAUAAAAUCAAUACUAAUGGAAUUAAUCCUCAUUCAGCAUCACAUCCAUAACAAAUAUAUCUGAAGCAUACAUGUUUCAAGCAUGUUUGUCUCUGUCAUUCCAAGUGAUUUGCUUUAGGUCAUCUGCGUAACUAGAUUUGCUUUAGGUUUUUGAAUGUGAACUCUAGUUGCUUGAGUCGUCACCUUUACAGGAAAGUUAAUUAUAGGUCAUUAGUAGUUGUUGCUGAAACAGUAUUUUUAAUUUCUUUUAAAUUGGUAUUUAGUCUGAAUUGGUUUAAGAAUCUUUUGUGCCUUGAAAACUGGCAGCAUAAACUUUCUGUCAUUUUUAGAAAUGCUUUUAUUGCUUAUCUAACCAUCCUAGUCGUGCCCAGCAAAAGAUUGCCAAUUCAGUUAAAGCAUUGAUACCAUAUAUAGGACCAAAAUUUGCACCUGCUUGCCAUAGUGCUGGGAUGCAGAAAGGUCUCUCAUUGAAUCUUUUUCAAUAUGAAUGCUGUCAGCCAGAGCAGGCAUUUGCAUUGCAAGCAGAGGGCCGUCCCUACUCCAGCAUGCUGAUUCUACUUCUCUAGCGCGAUGGCAGCCCACACUUCAGACAGUCCCUGCUGCUCACUGCCACAUACGCACUGGCAGGUUCGGGUGGCCGUGCUUGAACCUCCAAGUCACACUGAGUGACUUGGAUGAGAGACCUGUCCCGCUGUCCGGCUGGGUGUGUAGUACCUCUUUCCCCUCCUAUGAACAUAAUAGCAUAGGCAGGCAAGGUAGAGUUUAGCUCCUUGUGUUUAUGUUGUGUUUCUUCAUUUGUCUUUCCUAUUUGCACAGGUAAUGCCCAUUUCAGAUCUGAUUGCUCAUAUGCAAAUACGGACUAAUUUACUCAGUCACUAGAAUUUUUCUGGAUUUACCUGACUGUACCUAGAAUCAGAUUCUGCUCCGAAUCCAUGCCUUUGAUGUCCUGGUUUUUAAUAGUUUCUGGAACCUGGAUGCCGAGAGGCCUUUUAUGUUAGCACGUUAAUUAGAACAGUGUCACAGUUAAUGGGCUAAAUUUAUUCUUGUCACAACAGUGAAGAGGGUCCUGCUAUAAAAGCUUCCAGUACAGAUUCAGCUGGAGAGAGCAGUUCUGGAACUGGGGAGCUAUUUUGGCAGGUAAAACCUGUAUUCAGAAGCUCCCUGUACUGGGAGGCUUUUGUACAAAGUCUUGCAUUUAUCUGGCAAACAAAAGCAUGUCUUACUUAGUCACUUUUUGCCCCUCCCCACCCCCCCACCCCACCCCCCCCGCCCCGAAUUUAGCCCCAAAGUGUUUUCAGGUCAAAGUAGCAUAGUACGAUAAACUGUUUAAAAAAAAAAUGACAUUUCUUUCAUUUUUGUUUGUAGAAACAUACCUUGAAAGUAGCAAGUAAUUUUUUUCUGAUAUAUAUUGCAGCCAGUCCAUAUUAGAAGUUUUGUUAAUGUAACAUACCUGACACAUAGUUUAGAACAUGAAAAUGGCUAUGCAGAAUGAUGUUUAAUACAUGUAUUUGUUAUAAAUAAGGUCUCAAUUCAGCAAAGCAGUUAAACAUAAGUUUAAUUUCAAGAAUUUUAUUCCAAAAUCACUGUCUUUUACAUUAACAAAGUUAAGCUGUUGAGCACAAACGCUGAUGCUUUACUGAAUUUGAGUCUUUGUUGGUUUUGCUUGAGCUUAAUUACUUUUUCCUCAAAUUUUCUAUUUUCAUUAUUUAUUUUUUUAAAUGUAUGUUCCAGAAUACUUCUAAUGUCCCAAUUUCAGUGGAAACUGGAAGUCAUACUACUACUAUAUAGGAAAGUGAGAGAAAUGUUAAAAAAGCUUGCAAGAGCAUUCCAAGUAAUAUAACAAUCUAUAAAGCCAUUCAAGAGAUGCCUGAUCUCAAAUGAAAACAUUAACAUCACCUUUGUUGUUGUUGUUUUCACGAUACCUGAGCUCAUUACACUGUAGGGAAUUGCAUCAAUCAGUUUCUGGAAGGAUUGCUGCAACCUCUGUGGCAUUUUAAUGCAAAACAGAUACCGAGCUGCAAACACAGUUCCUUCAAGCUUGUCCAUGAGAAAAAUAAGUAGAUAUAACUAUAAGCACUCUUAAAUUAAAGAUAUAAUUGUUCGGUCUCCAGCAACAUUGAUGAUGUUUUUACAAACCGAAUGUUAUUUAGUUGAUAAAUUUAUAAGACGUAGAUCCAUCCUAAUGGAAGUGAAGCAGUCCUUAAAGUUGCUUUAGCUUAAACUGCUCUUGUGAGUGCUACCUACAAACCCUUAAUUACCAUACAUGAUAAUGACCUUUAUUUUUGUAAAAGUGAUUUAAUCUUCCUUAAGAGAUGGAACUCAUGUAAUUAUUUUUUGUGGUGAUAUUUUUCAUGCACUUUUUUUAAAGGAGAAAAAAAAGCUUAGAAGUUAGUUCAGGUCCAUGUUUUCACCUUUCCGAUCUAUGCAUGUCAUUGAGGUGCCCAUUUUGUUUCUGUGUGCGUGUGUUUGUAUGUGGUUAUUUAUUACCCAGAGAUGGACACCUGAGAAAAUAUAUGGCCUGAAGUUCAGAGCAUAUGCAGAUCCUCCAGAUGUCAGUGGGAAAUGCAAGUGCUUAUCACCUUAGAAAAUACGGCCACUAGUAUUAGAUUGAAAUACUUGAAAGGUAAUACUAGAAUAAUUUUUUAUUUCAAAAAGCAGAUCCAAACCACAUUUUAAUCUUGAUGCACAUGUGUGUAAAUAGACACAUUUUUUACUUUUUUUCCAUUUAUAGUAUGUAUUUGAUUUAGACUCCAAUAUAGAAAAUUUUGUAAUAAGCCAUGUGCUAGCUCUGGUAGAACAAGUUUGUCCUUAGUUUCUCAUAUGACUGUAAUAUUGCUGGUAUUCAGAACCUGUCUGUGUAAUAUUCUUACUCUGUAUUUGUCUGUGCAAUAUAAAAGCUGUGACGAUACACAGCUUGAGUCUGGUUGUACAUCACUUAUGUAUAUAUAUACAUAUAUAUAUAUAUAUCAGGACCAGAAUCCCAAGCUUGCUUACACUACAAUGAGUGUAAAGAUUGUUGCACUUGAUUUCACAGGGCACAAGCAACCAUGGAAUGGCUUUGUAAAUGUAUGGCAAUUUCUACAAUAACCUUCUGUGUAAUUUCACAGAUGGUAUUUUAUUAGUGCUACUUGCCUUGCUAAAAGAAAUCCUAAACCGGAGCGCUAGGUAAAAUCGAAGGAUUAUAUAGGAGACUUCAGGCUACGUGGAAAAUCCAUAUCUGCUGUUGCGUGUCAUACAGGGUUUUCAAGCCAUGACCCUCAGUGCUUUCUGUGCCCUGUAAAAUAGUGUAACUAUAUAAAAUAUAUACUCCUUGUUUUGCCUCCUGCCUUGUUUACAUUAAACAGAGGAUAUUCAGUAAAAUUUUUCUAUUAAACUUUGUGUAGGUCACUUACUGACAGUGUUGCCAAGGUUUCACAAGUGUGGGAUUUCCAGUGAGGAAUUGUUGAAACAGCCACAUUACCAGACGUACAAUAUUGAGUUUUAUGAAGGAGGUUGUGAUAAAAUCCAACUUUUUGUGCUAAAAAAUGCAUGGAAGAUUAAAAGGGAUAUUCUCAAAAUAAAUUAAUUUCAAUGAA